AUGAGUAGCAUUCAGAAGACUGACUACCUUAACCUUCAUCCCAUCCCUGCGAACAAUAUCAACAAAACCAUUAAAGACACACUCCACCAGCUACAUACCAAUACACCUUACACCCCCCGCGCGUAUUUUCAGAUUACUCUACUCUAUUCCGUUCUUGACCCGGACUACCACAUAUCCAUCGCUAUGAAAAAUCUUGAAUCUAACCCUUUACCCAAUAUCAGAAUUACUCUACAGACCGUGGACAUAAGUCUUUUCCUUUUAAAUUCUUGCAUGUAUAUUCUAGCAUCAAUAUCCAUACUUUUUCUUCCUUUCUUUUUCUCAGAUUCAAGAAAGAUUUUCACCAUUAUGCCUACAAAUCAAAGCAAUAACACUCUGCUUUGCUGGAGUGUUUAUCAAGUGUGCGAGCACCCGAAAGUCAUACCAUCUGUCAGCAGUAGGGUUAAACCCACAAUUAGGAUCAUCAACUAUCUCAUGAGAGACAGAAAAAUUGGGCUAGUAUUUAACCUCUCUUUCCAACAGAGGCAAAACACUGACCUUUCUCAAGUUUGCCCGACCAAAGUUCUUGGAGAGGUGUUUGGGACAGCUGGUAUCCUUUCGCCUAUUCAUCGAAGGGUGCCCAGUUUUGCCUUCGAAUUCAGAACUAACCUUCUUAAUCUUGCUCAGAAGGUUGACCUUUUCCUGGCUGCCAUUACAAGAGCGAAAAGGUUCAAUGAGCCACCUUUAGGGAAUAUCGGAAAUAUGGACUUCACUUCAAGCAGACAAAGAAUGGCGGCAAGAAAGCAUUGCUUUUGCACUGAAACCGAAUCUCCUGAUCUACUACAAAGUGAUGCUCGCUUCGAAAACUUCAUUAUUGGCUUGGACAAAAGCUUGUUUCGUCCAACAAGAGGGUUAACCACGUCUUUAUAUGUAUCUUGCGAUACUCUCGAAGACAAGGUCCAGAGAAUCAAUCCUGAAUAUACCUCUUUUCGAGGCGUGAUGGGCAGUUUCUACUAUCUGCGAUGUUGUACAUCCGAAAUGUACCGACCUGCAAGUAAGGAAGUCUGCUCACUUAUGUUGGCAUGGAGUACACUUGUCAUUAAACAAAACAGCUUAUUGUUAUAUGGAAAUACAAUGUCCAAAGCGUUUAUCAAUGCAUCAUAUUUGUCUGUCACAAACACUAUGCCAAGUGCCUUGCUGUUCAUUAGAAACCCAGAUAAAGGCAACUGGAAAAGAUCUGAGGAUAAGAAAAGAAAAUCUCUGUUUUUUGAAAAGGUUGACAAAAAGCAGAUUGACCACCUAAAAUUAAAUCUCCUGAUAGACAAAAUAAAUGUAGAUUGCAAUUGA